CUAUUCCUUUGGUUCUUUAUCAUGCUACCACCCAUCAUCAAUGUUCUCCAUCUCGUGGCGUUCGCCAUUGCUUUCUACGGAGAUAACGAAGCAGUCAACCUCCUAAAACACUAUUUCGGCCAGUUUAACGGUCCCCAAACAUUCCUAUACACUGUCCGACACCCUGAACCUGCGAAACACCGCAGAGGAUUUGCUGGCCAUUGGUCUUCUUUCGGGUCUGCGCGUCCUGAUGGAGCAGUCGUUGUUGCAAAGUUACUCUCUAUCGAAUGUGGUGAUUCUUCUGUUGCCUCUACAGCCUCUGCAACAUAUCCUAGUCUGCAUGCUGCGCAUUUCCAAAGUUUCCCUGAUGCUGUAGCGGAUCUGUUUUGGAAUGAAGAGUUCUUCCGGCUCCUUUCUGUAGAUAAUAUCAUCCCCACAAGUACAAACUAUGAGGGACAGAACUUGGCAGUACCUCUUUUGAGCACUGUGCCGGCCCCCAUAGAUAUUCAUAGCGAGUACCCUACAUCAGAAGAGGAUGAUAAUGAUGGAACAGCUCUGUACAAUCGUCACGCAUUACCAUCAUGCUUCCGUGCCAAGAAAGUGAAUGGCAAGGUUCGAUUCGAGAUCUGGGUUGUAGCCCAGGUAUCGGUUGCUGAGUAUAUAGCGAAUAAUCACAAGAAUAACAAUGGCAUCAAUGAGUCAGAAUUAAGGAGCAAUAUCAGCAAUGACCUUGAUGUCUUAUUGGACUCAUCCUUAAUCAAGGAGUACGUACUAUCUGAAGUAGCCCAGGGUAGGAUUGGGGUCGACUUUCGGGGGUGAGAGGAUGUGCUAUUGCGGUAGAGGCAUAGUCGAGCGUGCAGCCUCGUCUACUAAACUUCUCCUCCUUCAAGUGGGUACCUAAAAAGUUAAAUUCCUGGAGAAUUUGCAGCAACAAAUAGUAAUUAUGAGGAAACGAGUAAAUAAAAUAAAUAAAUAAUAAUAGUAAUAAUAAAAAC